AUGAGGCAAAUGGACCUUAAAAUUGAACUUCACGGUACGCCCCAAUCCAAUUCCAAUGCGAUUGAGGACGACUUGACAGCUAAACUGAAUGCAUUGCAGGUCGACAAUGCCACGAUUGAUGAAGUGUCUAGCCUUUGCAACAUGGUUUCUCAAUUCAAGAAUUCUACUUCAAGAACACGGCCCAAAAAGCUUAGAAAAAGAUUGUCGUCCUCAGGUCGUGAUGCUUUAAGACUACUUGAUCUGAACUUGGACUCGUAUGCCUCAAAUAUGGUUGAGAAGUUUGGAAAUCAACGCUCGGGUUGUCUGGACACAGAUUAUGAAUUAUUUCGAAGCGUAGAUUCGGCUUCUCAGCAAACGUUCAUGGUAUGGCUUCCGCUGCUCAGACUACUCGAGGAAGAUGAAAGCACUGCAUUACAGGCUAAUGGACUACCGAACAGUCUAAGUCGAAAGGUCAAUUUCAGAUUUCUAGAAUCUAUGCUUCGAUCUCAAGCAGAACUGCUGAAAACAAUACUAGAGCACUCUUGGAAACUUGCCAGAGAUGAAGACGUUUUCAUUGCAGAAGCAAGAAAACUGACUACAAGAAUUCAUGAGAUGCUUCAAAAUCUUGAAUGGAAAGCGUCGAAAUUUUCCGUCGAGUCUAUUUAUCUGGACAACACGACUCGUUUCGCAUCUACGCUAACUCUUGUCCCGGCUACGAGUUUCCUGACCCAAAUAAUGGAGGUCAUCAUUACAGAACAGAAAAUCACAUCAGGUCUUUCAUGGAACGCAAGGGAGACUGCACGUCUAAAAAUCCUGGAACACACUCUCUUUCGGCCUGGGCUACUGGGCGAACUUAUUCGUUCUCUGGUGGGGGAUUACUGCGGUAGUUGGGAUCUAAACCAAGCCGCGAUCAAAAACUUACAGGAUCUAGCACAGAUUGGUGGGAACGGUGACGUUUUCUUGAAUGAAAUCAUUGUGGGGAUUUACAACACAAUGGACCAAGCUAUAUUACAGCGGUGCGGACUACCAGCGCUCCGAAAAUUAAUCAAGUACGACGAGGAAAUUCUUCGUCUACUCCUUCAGGAUCUUGAUUUUAAAGUUGAAUUUGAAGCUUCCUGGGGAACACAUUGCGAAUCAAGAAUUUAUGCUACAAAAAUGGCGACGGGAAUAUCAAAAUGGCUGAACGAGGAAUUCAGGCGCUCAUUAAAUGGCAGUUUCAAUGGUAAACUGUGGACGCAAAAUAUAGCGCGAAUCACAGAGCUUUUUGGACUACAAGAAACAAUCAUAACCGCGUUUCUUAACCACUGCAUUAUUCGUAGGUCAAUUAAAGAAGGCGGCGCAUUUUUGAGAUAUUUGUUCGAUCCUGUGUCGCCUGUUCCAGAAAUCCAGGUACUGGACGGGCUUCUUUGCGAACAUUUUCCAGGGGAAUGUCAACUAAAAAGUGUAAGGGACUCACUUUUGACAUCGCUAUCGAUUCAGCAACACUUGGACAGCAGCUCAUGGCUGGGGUUAGUUUUUUUGUCCGAAAAGGAUAUUGAGCUUGUGUACAAACCUGACUCUGUGACGCCUGUUAGAUUGCCGAAAAGCUUGCAAUCGUCAUGGGACAACGUUUCGGGGAGGUACUUGAGUGAUCAAAACCCGGCUGCUUACAAAAAAAAAUUGACGUUGAUUCCAAUGCUCAAUACUGUUGAGCUACAGAUGCCUUUCAUAUGCAGUAAUUCGAAGCCCUUGGUCCUUCAAUUGAAUCUGUUACAGGCUUCAGUGCUGAUGCAAUUUGACCAGUGCAACAAUUUGAGUUUUCAGGACCUGCUAGACCGAACUGAAAUUGAUACUUUUCAUUUGCAGAUGUCAUUACAAUCCUUGGUGAACACAGGCCUUCUGCUUCAAAAAGAUAAUCACUACACCUUCAAUGAUGUUUUUGAACCCGCAAAACUUACCAAUGGCUCCAAUAUCGUCAGAGUCGAUUUUCGUGGAUAUCAAAGGAGCAGAAAAUAG